AUGGAAGCAAGUCAUCUUCAAUCCCGAGAGACUGCUAAGAAGAAGCAUUGUGACAUUCCCAAUGGGCCACUGCAGAUAAUGACCUUAAUCUACAGAACCGGGAUCCAGCCCGGAGAGCGAGCAAGGGAGAUCCAGCCCGGAGAGCAAGCGAGGGAGAUCCAGCCCGGGGAGCAAGCGAGGGAGAUCCAGCCCGGAGAGCGAGCGAGGGAGAUCCAGCCCGGGGAGCAAGCGAGGGAGAUCCAGCCCGGAGAGCGAGCGAGGGAGAUCCAGCCCGGAGAGCAAGCGAGGGAGAUCCAGCCCGGAGAGCAAGCGAGGGAGAUCCAGCCCGGGGAGCAAGCGAGGGAGAUCCAGCCCGGAGAGCGAGCAAGGGAGAUCCAGCCCGGGGAGCAAGCGAGGGAGAUCCAGCCCGGAGAGCGAGCAAGGGAGAUCCAGCCCGGAGAGCGAGCAAGGGAGAUCCAGCCCGGGGAGCGAGCAAGGGAGAUCCAGCCCGGGGAGCAAGCGAGGGAGAUCCAGCCCGGAGAGCGAGCAAGGGAGAUCCAGCCCGGGGAGCAAGCGAGGGAGAUCCAGCCCGGAGAGCGAAUGGGAGAUCCAGCCCAAGCCCAGGUUUCAGUUGCCAAGGAGAUUGUGACAACCACACCCCUUGAUUCUUUCGACAUGAGGUGCAUCAAUCGUGUCAGCCUCUUGACCACCUCUUGGAGCAGGACCUGUUCUGGUGACAGUGAGACUGUGGAGAUAUGCUCCAGGAAGACGGGCAGCCUUCAGCGUGAGUCAGACCGUCUGCACCACUGCCACGAGGCAGAGUCUGUGGACUCCAGCGUCAAUGGCAGAAUCACAUCCUCCGCUGAGGGUGAGCUGAGUGACGCUGUGACAGCCAAACAUAACCCUCGUUACAAACCACCAGGCUGCCCCUGCGGCUCUUCUGAUUGUAACCCCACCUUGUCUCAGGACAGUGGUUACCUGUCUCAAGACAGUGGUUCCUCGUCUCUGCUGAGCCAGUCCUCUCUCUUGGUUGAGGAGGAAGAGAAUCUUGUUCAAGGUGGCGAUCGCAGAGCCAGGAGCUCCUCUGAAAGCCGAGCAUGUGGCGGAGAGCAGUCUUGGGACUGGACUUCAGGGAAGGAGCCAGAAGACCCCACAGCCAUUCCCCAUGUACACAGUGCGGCAGUGAAUCCCAGUCUCGAGGUGGCGCCUGUAAACCUACCUGACAAAAACUGUGUGCCUGUGGAGUGGGGAAAUCUGCCAGCCCUGAAGGCUGGGUGGGCAGCCUGCCACAUUGUGGAUCAUGACGAAGGCAAGCUCAAGGAAACAUCACAGGAGCAAAACUUCAAUGUCAUAAACCUCAUCGGCAGGAAGAUGGGGCUAGAACAUGUGGACAUUUGGAAAGAGCUUUCUCAAAGAGGAUUCCCCCACCUUCUGAAAAAAAUCAUGAGGUUUCUGCCUCUCACUGUCCUCCUGAAAUGUGUCAAGGUGAGCAAGACUUGGAGAAAUAUUGUUUUUGGAGAUAAAACACGAAGCCAGUUCUUGAAGGAAGCUUCUCGCUCACAAAAAUGGUCUGCUGCUGACAUUCAGGGGGAUGGACCCAUUCGCAGGUACACAGUUUCCCGAGGAGCACUCUCUUCUGUGCAACGUGUGGGUGUGAAAUCCCCUUUGAAAAGCUUGAUUCAGACAGACAGCCUUGCCAAGCUGAACCCCAAUUCCCACAAUUGGAUUCGGAACCAACGGCUCGUGAGGAUACUCAAGUGGGACGAGACAAUCAAGACCUGCCCCCUGUGCACCUCUCCGGCCAAGUUUUUGCCUUGCGAGGAGAGGGCAAUCUGCAGCAGUGAGCACUGCUCCUACGAUUACUGCUCUCUGUGUUUCAACGCCUUUCAUGGGUCAAAGGACUGUACUCGCCGCCAUUUCAGGAAAAGGUCCCAGUUACAGCCACAAGCCGGCAGCAAAAAGAGCAAACAAAACUUAAAACGAUUGUGACAGAGGAGAGCAAGAGAAUGUGUGUAAAUGUACAUGUCCAUUAGAAGAAAAGGAAAUUCAAAAAAAAAAUUGUAUUUUUAAAACAAUUUUAUGAAUAU